UUACCUUGAUCUCAAGUAUUUCGCUUAUCUGUUACUUUUCCAAACAAUCAACAUGGAUGAUGAUGUAGCUGCCCUGGUUGUGGACAAUGGGUCCGGAAUGGUAAAGGCCGGCUUUGCCGGAGAUGACGCUCCCCGAGCUGUCUUCCCUUCCAUCGUUGGACGUCCCCGUCAUCAGGGUGUCAUGGUCGGCAUGGGACAGAAGGACUCCUACGUAGGAGACGAAGCCCAGAGCAAGAGAGGUAUCCUCACCCUGAAAUACCCCAUCGAGCAUGGAAUCGUCACCAACUGGGAUGAUAUGGAGAAGAUCUGGCAUCACACCUUCUACAACGAGCUGAGAGUUGCUCCCGAGGAACACCCCGUCCUUCUGACCGAGGCUCCCCUCAACCCUAAGGCCAACAGAGAGAAGAUGACCCAGAUCAUGUUCGAGACUUUCAAUACCCCUGCCAUGUACGUUGCUAUCCAGGCUGUCCUGUCUCUGUACGCUUCUGGCCGAACAACUGGUAUCGUCAUGGAUUCAGGAGAUGGUGUCUCUCACACAGUCCCAAUCUAUGAAGGUUAUGCCCUCCCCCACGCCAUCCUCCGUCUGGAUCUGGCUGGACGUGAUCUGACUGACUACCUCAUGAAGAUCCUGACAGAGAGAGGGUAUGCUUUCACCACCACUGCCGAGAGGGAAAUCGUCCGAGAUGUCAAGGAGAAACUGUGCUACGUUGCUCUUGAUUUUGAACAGGAAAUGCAGACCGCUGCAGGCUCCAGCUCACUCGAGAAGUCCUACGAGCUCCCUGACGGACAGGUCAUCACCAUCGGAAACGAGAGGUUCAGGUGCCCUGAGACCCUCUUCCAGCCUUCAUUCAUCGGUAUGGAAUCUGCUGGAAUCCACGAGACUUGCUACAAUUCUAUCAUGAAAUGCGAUGUUGACAUCAGGAAGGAUCUGUACGCCAACACUGUCCUCUCCGGAGGUACCACCAUGUUCCCUGGUAUCGCUGACAGGAUGCAGAAGGAGAUCACCGCCUUGGCUCCACCCACCAUGAAGAUCAAGAUCAUUGCUCCUCCAGAGAGGAAAUACUCUGUCUGGAUCGGAGGAUCCAUCCUUGCUUCUCUGUCUACCUUCCAACAGAUGUGGAUCUCCAAGCAGGAAUACGACGAAUCCGGCCCCAGCAUUGUUCACAGGAAAUGCUUCUAAGUUUGAGAGACUGAUUAUGUUCUGGAACAUUCUUUGUUCCCUGAGUUGCUGGCUGAGAUUAGGACUUGGUAAUACGUCUUGUCUGUUUUAGUAAUUAAUGAUUGGAAGUGUACGAUGUACCUAUGAUUGAAUUAUGUUGUAUAUUUUUAAUAAUUAUCGUUUUUACAAUUUCUAAUACCACCUUGUUUGCACCAUUUCAAAAUCAUUAAGUUAUUGGUUAUACUUUUCUCGAA